GUGUAAACAAUGUAAUCACAUGAAAAGAAUGUUCACAUAAUAUUUAGAUAGAAUAUAUAUAGUCUAAAGUAGUAUCUUUAAAUUUAAUUAUAACAUUUUUGGGGUUUAUAUAAAAAGAUUUAGAUCUAGAUUUUAUAAUUAAUGUCAUUGCAUGACAAAAUGAUCCAUUCCUCUGCUGGCGCUGAUUCCUCUAUAGAGGCUUGUCUUGAAGAGGAGCUGCAUGCCAUUGACUUGAAUGAUGCUUUUGAUGAUUAUGCAGAUGAUAAUCCUGACAUUCUUUUGCAAAACAUGGAUAUUUUAAAGGAUUUGGAUCCGUCUGCUGAUUUUGAAAUACCACCAGAGCUGAAUGAUUAUCUUGAUCAAUUAGAAGAGCAAACAAAUCAGCUGGAGAAGGAACUGUUGCUGUGUGAUGAAGUACUGAAAGAAUCGGAGAGUAAACCAACAGGUGACAAAAGCAAUGCUAUUGUUGCGUAUGAUGAUAUGAAAAUGUUACAAGAUGCAGCUGCCGAGGCAGGAAUGACUGUGGAAGAAUUCACUCAAAAGGUACUAAAAGAAGUUUCAGAAGAAGAAUUUACAGAGGACAAGCUGAUACAAGAAUAUGAUGAGUUUAUUAGGUUUCAGAAAGAAAUGGAAGACCUACGAGCUGGGAUAGAAGACACCCUGUGUGUAACUCAUGACAUGGAUUCACUUCUUGCAAUAGAAGCAUCUAAAGAUGAAACAGGGGUCAAUCAGUCGAACAGUGACACUGGCUUGAUUCCAUUGGCAAGCACGGAUGCUGUCACUAACUAUCAAAAUAAAUAUGGCUUUGUGUCAAGUGAUCAAAGAGGUGGUCAGCUUGUUUCAAUGAAUGCACUGUCAUGUAUGAAAGAAUUUAUACAAGAUCAACUCAGAAAAACAGAAGAAUCUUUCCACUCCAGACAACGGAUACUUUUACAUUCCAUUGAGAACCACAGGCUUCAAGAAGAGAGGCAACUCAUGGAGGAAGAGGAGAGGAAGAAAAUAUUGCAGCAGAAGAUUGACUUGGAGCAAACAGUUUUGUUGGAGAGAAAUAAAGAGAGGGAUGAAGCACUUGAGGAAGAACUUAAACUUUUGGACAACAAAUUCAAAGAAGAGCUCCUCCAUCACCAGACUCAAAUAGAACAGUUAACAAAUGACUUGGAGACGGAGAGGACUCAUUAUGAAGCUAUUCGAACUCACUGGAUGCUUUCCCUUGAGGAAACAAAGAGAAAGGCAGCUAUGCAUAUACAGAAAAUGUAUCGAGGAUAUAGAGCCAGGAAAUUGAACUCCGAGACAAUACACAAAUAUGAAGAGCUGAAAGCUGUAAGAAAACAGGAAAGAUUUAACAUCCGAGUGAUGGAAGUCGAGUAUGAGAGAAAGUAUCAAGCUGAGCAAGCUAGGAAGAAGAAAGAAGCAGAAGAAAUAGAAGAAAAGAAAAGGAAAGAGGAACUAGAGCAACAGAAGCAGCUAGAACUGAAAAGGCUGGAAGAGGAAAAGAGGGUCGCAGAGGAGGAAAGAAAAGAGGCAGAAAGAAUAAAGGAGCAGGAGAAGCUUGAAGAGGAAAGAAAGAAAAGGGAAGAAGAGAAAAAGAAGGAAGAAGAGAGGCUGCGCAAGGAAGAAGAAAAGCAGAGGAAGCUGGAAGAGAAAAAGAAGCAAGAGGAAGAGAAGAGACGUUUGAAAGAAGAAGAGAGAAUAAGGAAAGAGGAAGAGAAAAGAAAGAAAGAAGAGGAAAAGAAGAAGAAAGAGGAAGAAAAGAAAUUGAAAGAAGAAGCUGAAAGGCAGAGAAAAGAAGAGAAAAUUAAACUAGAAGAAGAACAAAGAAAACUACAAGAAGAAGAGAAGAGAACAAUGGAAGAAGAAAAAGAAAGUUUGGAAAUUGAGAUUAACAAUGGCAGUAUAGCUGCUGAAGAUGAAAUGAUAAAAUCAAAAGAGAUCGAAGCUUCUAUUGACCUAAAUCUGAAUUCAAAUAACAACAAUAGUCUGUCAAAUACAGGAGAGGAUGUGUCUCCUAGAAUUACAGUGACUACAAACCUGAGACCUCAUCCACCUUCAUGUCCACCUCCAAAUGCCCCUGCCGCUUCUUGGUCACCUGCCCCAGAUCCAGUGCAGUCAGCUACAAUUAAGUCCCUUGCUCCUUCAGAUGUGCUUGUACCAACCGUAGCUUUUGUACCGUCUCAGCCAGACCCUAUUGAAACUCUGAGAGUGUCAUGGAUGAAAUCUUGUAUCCCAUGGAGUAAAGUGAGCAAUGAGCCAUGGAAGCUUGUACAGUCCACACAGAAAGUGCAGAAGAGACCUGCCUCAGCUAAGAAAAAGUUCCCACCAGUUGCAGAGGCUGUAGUCUUGUCUGCUGCCCAUGCUGAGACCCUGAGACAGGUUUCAUCUGUGGCACUGUGUGACCUUCCAGGAUGCUCCCUGUCGACCCUUAGCCAGUGUUGGUCCCUCAAGUACCUGACCAUCACACACUGCAAUCUGGUUUGUCUGGACAGUGUGUCCAACUGCAAACAUUUAGUUUAUGUUAACGCUGAGUACAAUGAUAUAGAGUAUGUGGACCUGAAAGAUCUGGGAAGUCUUCAAGUCGUCAAACUUGCACACAACAAACUUAGCGCUAUUCAUGGUCUGGAUGGCUGCAUCAACCUUCGCUGGCUUGACCUCAGCAGCAACAACAUCACAAAGCUUGGUGGUCUGGCUUCACUGCGCAGGCUCCAUACCCUCAAUGUAUCCUACAAUCAGGUCAUCAGCACUGAAAGUCUGGAGAAGGUUGUCACAUUGCAGGAAUUGGACCUGUCUCAUAACUUUCUGCAACAAAUUUCAGAUGUCCAGAAACUCUGCUUGCUGACUAGACUAGAUCUGUCAUCAAACAAUCUGUUAGAGGUCCCUGAACUGAAAAACCAAGUCCUGCUUCAAAUUCUCCUCUUACAAAAAAACAGUAUCAAGUCUUUAGAGAAUUUGAGCAAGUUUUGGCUUCCGUUGUUGCACACAGUAAACUGUAGUGAGAAUAUGCUAGAGAGCAUUGAUGGAUUAAAUCAUCUUAUUAUGUUGAAACAUCUAGAUGUCAGUGGGAACCAAAUUACAGAGUCAGACAAUUUGAUUCAAGUUUUGAAAUGCACCAAGCAGCUAGAGUCAUUGGACUUGGAAGGAAAUCCAGUGAGUGAAGUGGACAAGAGUGGUACUAGUCUACUAACAAGCCAGUUGAGUUAUUUGCGAUGUUUCAAUGGAGAAGAGAUCUCUGCAGUUGCCAGGAAGGAUGUUGACAGUAACCAAGAGCUCCACAAGAUGUGUUCAGCCCAGAUUACUCUUCACACCACUCUUAGAACAGAAUUGGAGAACCAGAUCAAAGCUUACCUGGCAGCAUCAAAAGUCAGCAGUGAACUGGUUUGCCAGAUACAUUUUUCUUACUGUGAAACAUCAUUCAGAAUGGCUACUGAGCAUCGCAGUGCCCAUGAAUAUGGUUGCACAGAUACAUUUGUCCCCGCAAGCAAGUCCAACAACACAGAUGCCCAUGGAGCUGAUGUGACAUUUUUGAGUAACAGAGAUUCUGACACAUCCCUAAACAAACAUUCUACUGCCACAGUUACUAAUGGUUCCUAUAAGAAAACUUUUUCUGAAUCCAAUGCUGUCAUGUCUGACAACAUUGGGAAAAAACAAAAUCAGGCUCUAAAGAAAUUUGCAAGUGGAACAAAAAGUCAUUUGAGAUCAGGGAAAAAAUUAGAUUCCCAGCCCAAUAAUAACAGUUCUAUUUUUUCAGAUAGUGACAGUUGUGAUGAAAAUUUUGAUGUCCCUGCAGGGUCUGUUGGGUUUUCCCAGCUACCCCCGCCAUCAAUCACGGCUUACAUCAAUGAGAAAGAUAAGUUUAAUUUAGCACUAGCAGGAAAAGUGGUUCAUCACACUCAAGGCAAUGCACAUGUGCAAAAUGUAAACAAUAGCUAUUCUGAAAAUGAAGCUGUAAGCAUCCCAUCACUGACUUCAGCAUCAUCUGGUCUUCAGCCAAACACAUCGUCCACCAACUUUGUUAGCAAGAAAAACCUGUUUGAAAUGGCUCUAGAGAAACAGAACUUGGCUAAUGGUGGGGCACAUAGUUUAAAAGAGGAAAGGUUUGAUGCUGUAUCUAAAGGCAGUGUCCAGAAUGCUUCUGAUAACAACAAUCAACUUCCUGGAUUGAAAUCAAAUGCUGUAAGGGAGAACAUCAAACAGGCAGAAAAGAGUAACUGGUUGAAUGAGAUUGAUUUAGAUCAGCUUGUCGACAUGGAGGGAACUUCCUUUGAUAUUGACAAAUAUCUGGAAAUGGACUUUGAGCUGGAUGAAUUCCUAGAUUUAGGCUGGAGACCAACAGAUGAACCGCAAGUACCACACAGUUCAUACCCAGUGCUGCGCAAGAUUCAAUCAAACAAUGACAUGUCUAGGGUUAUCAAGCCAUUUCCUCCCAGUGAACCAGUGCAGGCCUGGAGAGAGAGUAAUUUAAUAACAGAAAGCAAGGGAAGGAAUUCACAGCAACUAAAUAGUCAUGAAGUCAUUCCCCCUUUGUCUCACCCAUCCCCUGUGCCUUCGACAGUAGCGAGUGCUGCAGAAACUGUUGAAAGCAGUCGAGCCAGAUCCAAAAUGGAUGAAAUUUUACAAGACUGGGGUUUUAAAGAUUCUCACACUGCGGAGCUAAUGAUGGCCAGAGCCAAAAAGAUGAAAUACAAUGCCGAGAGGAAACGCAAACUGAGCAAACUUGAUCCAAAACAAAGACUGUUGCUGUUCAGAAAGCUAGAAGAGUCUGGGAAAAUUACUUCAGUGCGACCUCCCAAUGUUAAAACUUUACCAAGAAAGGAAUACUUUCAAGCAAGGGAAGAGGAAGUAAUCCAGCAAGAACUUCUUCGUCAAAGAGAGGAUAACUCUCGUAUCAACCGAACAUAUGAGUGGAUACAUACACAAGUGGGUGACUAUCCAAUCUCAAGUUCACGCAUCAAUCCAGGCCAUGCCAAUAAUGAAAUUGUACAAGAUAAAAUAGACAAAUUUGAUUAUAGAAAGACUAGUCCAAUGUCUGAUCAUAAGGCGCCAUCUGUUGGUAGAGGAAGUGAAAAAGUUGGGCGGAGAUUUUCUUUUGGAGAUGAGAAUAUUGACCGCAGUCCACUUCUCCCGCCCAUUCACAAGCAGGACAGAAUCUCAUUUAGGGACAGCCCCGUGGACAAGAGUGUCGGCUGGGGAGGUGGCAAAAAGAGAGGACAGAAGUUAUAAGAAAACAUUGCUGCCAUCAUAUUGACCACUAGUUCAUCUAAUAUGCUCAUAAUUGUUU